AUCUGCUCUGUGUAUCCUCUCUGGGAAGAUGAAGCUCCUCCUCCUCCUCCUCUUCCUGCUGACUUUUCUUCUGUCUCAUGAGACUGGAGCUGAGUUUUAGUUUUUCCUACUCAUGAGGGAAGCUGAUGACCUGAUCUUGUGCUUGGACAACGACUAAAGUAUGUGCAUGUGGAGGGUUCUCUUUCAGACGAGAUAAUUGGGGGGAAAGAAUCAAGGCCCCAUUCCCGUCCUUACAUGGCUUUUCUGGAAAUCAAACGUUGUAAAAGAAACUUCAUCUGUGGUGGAUUCCUGAUUCGAAGAGACUUUGUGAUGACAGCAGCCCAUUGUGCAGGAGACUCCAUCACAGUCAAACUUGGAGCACAUAACGUCACAAACUCAGAAGAGACUUGGCAGACCAUUAAUGUCAAACAUCAAUUUCCUCAUCCAAAAUAUAAUGGCAUAAGGCUUCUCAAUGACAUCAUGAUGCUAAAGCUGGAAAAGAAAGCCAAACUGACAAGAGCAGUGAAAACUAUCCCCUUGCCCUCAAGAUACAAUUCUGAAUCACCUGGGCAAGAAUGUCUAGCUGCUGGCUGGGGAAUGACAGAACUAAAUGCUCCGGUAUCAGACACUUUAAUGGAGGUGGAACUGACACUAAUGAAGCCCAAUGAUUGCAAAGAUUUUGGCUGUUUUGAUCAGAGAUCCCAGUUGUGUGUAGGGAAUCACACUUCAAGUAAAUCAGUAUUCCUGGGAGAUUCUGGAGGACCCCUUGUUUGUUCUGGUGUGGCCCAAGGCAUUGUCUCCUAUGUAAUGUUGAAUGCAAAACCACCUUCUGUCUUCACAAGAAUUGCACAUUACAGCUCCUGGAUCAACCAAAUCCUAAAUGCAAAUUAGCCCUAUGGCCCUGGCUCAGCAAAAAAGAAUCUCCUUCCUAGGGCCCAGCCUCCUCUCUGGGACUGUCCCUCACACUAGGACUGUCCCCCUGCCUGCCCAGCUUAAUCUCAGAAUCCAAGAUGUGUGGGGGAGGAGAGGAGGAUAAAGGGUAUGAACAGUUACUCUGGACAUUGAACUGAAGGUUGACUAUGACUGCAAUAAACCAAAGCAUCCAGG